AUGCCCAACUUCCGCCCCAGCAACAUCCUGGGCGACCCCUUUGCGCUGGCCACGCUUUCCAUCUCCAUCCUGGCUUGGCUCAUCGCCUUCAUUUCAUCCAUCAUCGCCGACAUUCAAACCGACUACCCGAACCUGGAUUGGUGGGCAAUUGCCUACAUGUUCUGUAUCAACAUUGGUCUGAUCUUCACCUUCGGUACCGACACUGGCAAUCUCUACGGCGUCGCUAUUGUGGGAUACUUGGGUGCCGCUCUCGUCCUGACCUCCAUCAGCGCCAACAACACCGUCUACGGCUCGCAGGGCGCUGAACAGGCCGCCGGUGCUGGUUUCAUUCUGCUGUCCAUGGUCAUCAUCAUCUGGAUCUUCUACUUCGGUUCCACCCCUCAGGCUUCGCACCGUGGCUUCAUCGACUCCUUCGCCCUGAACAAGGAACAGCCCGGUUCGUACCGUGGCAGCCGCCCCAUGUCCAGCGCGUUCGGUGCUCGCCCAGAGACCAUGGCUACCAGCAACACCCCGCAGAUGUACACCUCCGCCCAAUUGAGCGGCUUCGAGACCUCUUCUCCCGUCUCCGGAUACCCCGGCGGACCCCCCCGGCGCCGAGCGCAAUUCUGCCCAGCCUCCGAGUCGCUUCGUGAAGUCCCCCAACCAACCGAGUACCCGUACCGUGCGAAGGCCAUCUACUCGUACGAUGCGAACCCCGAAGAUGCCAACGAGAUCAGCUUCACCAAGCACGAGAUUCUCGAAGUAUCCGACGUCAGCGGUCGAUGGUGGCAAGCUCGAAAAUCGAGCGGAGAGACCGGCAUUGCACCCUCGAACUAUCUGAUCCUCUUGUGA